GGCGUUAAAAGAGAGAAGAUAUCAAGAAAGGGGGGAGGGAUUCGACGGGCGGCGAUGGGGAUCCGAUGCUUCGCUUCCCUUCUCCUUCUCCUCUCCCUCUCCUUCUCCGACUUCGGUCGAGCCGUCUCCUCCCUCGAUACAGAUCUCGGAACCGCCCGCGUCGUCUUCCAGACAGCUUAUGGUGACAUUGAAUUUGGUUUUUUUCCUCAUGUGGCCCCCAAAACUGUCAAGCAUAUCUUCAAACUUGUGCGGCUUGGUUGCUAUAACACAAACCACUUCUUUCGGGUGGAUAAAGGUUUUGUUGCACAAGUGGCUGAUGUUGUAGGAGGCAGAACUUCUCGAAUGAAUGAAGAGCAAAGGUUGGAAGCUGAGAAAACUGUUGUUGGUGAAUUUAGUAGCGUCAAACAUGUGAGAGGCAUUCUUUCAAUGGGAAGGUACUCUGAUCCAGAUAGUGCUUCAUCUUCUUUUUCUAUUCUUUUAGGCGAUGCACCUCACCUUGAUGGCCAGUAUGCCAUUUUCGGAAGGGUGACUAAAGGUGAUGAUACAUUAAGAAAACUGGAAGAGCUUCCUACUCGACGUGAAGGGAUCUUUGUCAUGCCUACGGAGCGCAUCACCAUCUUCUCAACUUAUUAUUAUGAUACCAGGGUAGAGAAUUGUGAAUGGGAAAAGGAAAACCUCAAGAGAAGACUUUCUGAAUCUUUAAUCGAAGUUGAAAGACAGAGAAUGAAAUGCCUCCCGUAAAUGGGCCAGAGGUAUGUGUAGAUGACUAAAGUAUCUGACAGGGCAAACUCACUGGUUGAUUGAUAUAUAUAUCAAGAGCUUUUUUAUUUGCAGUAAUGGAUUUAAAAAAGAAAAACUAACGAUGAUUGCUCUAUUGUUAAGAUUUUAAUGGAAUCAAGAGUUAAUGCAUGGUGGAACACAGCCGCAACUUGGUAAAUCAAGUGUUAAUUACGACCCUAAAUAUGUGGCUGUUUGCUUCCUGAAUGUUCUGCACGGUUUUUCGUGUAAGUGACCAGUGUAAAAAGGUUGAAGUGCAGAAAGGAAGAUAUAUUAGGCUUGGUCACUCA